AUGCCAGCUCGACGCGACUCGGACGGCCUGCCCGACAUCUACGAGUCCAUGAAGCACAUCUUCACCGACGCCCUCACCAACGAGCGCUCCCACACACGCAACUCCGCCGCCCUCUUCGCCCUCCACCGCGCCGUCGUGUGCCGCGGGAUCCAGACGGACUGCGGCGCGAAGGAGGGGGGCUAUGAGUUCAUGGAGUGCUUCCUGUACUUCCUCGGCCAGUGCCUGCAUAUGAAGGCAGCGCGUCCGGCCGACUUUGGCCUGCGCUUCGUCGCGGCGUAUAUCGAGUAUCUGAACGAUUCUGUGGGCCAGGUCGGCCAUGAUUACCUCCAGUUCUACCCCCAGGAUCGCGGCGAGCCUGGUCCCUCCUCGUCAGUCCCCGGUUCCUCUUCCUCGUCAACCCCCGGUCCCUCCUCCACCACCCCAUCCCCCACGCACGACCCCGCCCCCUGGUUCACCGGCCGCGUCCUCAAAGCCCUCCGGCACGCCCUCGCCGCGCCCACCAAGCAGAUCCGCCGCCGCGCCAUCGACACUGUGUCCCGCAUGUUCGGCACCCUCGGCGCGAUCGACGCGCGCGUAGUCGACAAGGUGAGGGCAGAGGUGCGCGAAAGGCUGGCGGACAAAGACAGGGUCGUCCGCGCGCGCGCCGCGGCCCUCCUCUACAAGCACAUGGCCGCUGAGGGCGAGGCGCGCUUGAUCGACGCCGAGGACGGAGGGCGCUUAAUCGACGCCGAGGACGAGGCGCUUUUGAUCGAGGCGAUGGCCUGCGAUCCUGCGGUCGACGUGCGGCUCGUGGUGGUGUCCUACAUCCCCAUCACGGAGAACACGGUCCCCCACCUUCUUCUGCGCUCUCGGGACGACGGGCGCGACGAGAAGUCUACUAGGAAGGGUGGGCAGGCAGACGCGCGCGUGCGUGUGGCAGUGUAUCGGAGGUUGAGGGAGAAUAUCGCCGUGGAGGGUGCACGGCGGGACGGCGCCGCGGGGGAUGCACGACCGAACGCCGCCGCGGAGGGUGCACGACCGAACGGCGCGAUCGUCGACAAACUCAACGGCACCGUCAUCGACAGGCUCCUCGCCUACGGCUUCGACGAUCGGAGCGAGGACGUGCAGCGGGCGGUGGCAAAGCUCGUCGCGUGCUCACGCGUCUCGGCCUCUCGUCGAGGAAGUCGUACCUGCGCGUCGUGGAAGUGUUCCUCGUCGCGCGUCGUAAAGGACUUCCUCUCCGCGCGUCCGAGCUGUGCGAGAGGCUGGGUGCAAGUGAUACUCUACUCUUUGUAG